UAGUUUGACAGACCGUUCCAGGAUUUGUGGCCUUGUUGCUCAACAAGCGCAGCAGACAAACGGCAGCGAAGAAACCGAACCGGAUCAGUGCUUCACUAGUGAAAUCGCUGAUUGAUUAUUUAUUGGAUAAAUCAUUGCGUGAAAAUUAUGGAAAAUAAAAAGUUUGUCGUCUUGUGUACAGUUUCUUUGACGUUUUUGUUGAGUAUAGCUUCGGUUUCAGCCUUCGUUGAAGAGCUCGAUGACACGUUUAAAGACACACGAAUGCCUGAUGAGAUAUGGCUUAUACAAUUCUACGCUCCCUGGUGUACCUUUUGCAAGCAGCUGGACCCAGUGUGGUAUGAAAUCGGGGCUGAGCUGAAAAGUAUGGGGUCUCCAGUCAACGUGGGCAAGGUCGACGCCACAGCCCACACCAAUUUGGCAAAAGAGUUUCGAGUUGGAGGCUAUCCCGCUAUAAAGUUGUUGAAGGAUGACUUGAAAUACAACUACAGAGGUCCUAGAACCAAGGAUGGCAUAAUGGAGUUUGCAGACAGAGUAUCUGGACCUGUGGUGAGAGCACUGCCAAGUCAGCAGUUAUUUCAGAAUGUUAUGAGUAGACAUGAUGUUCUCUUUGUAUACGUUGGUGGACCGUCCGACUUGAAGGAGAAGUACAUAUCUGUGGCCAAGGAACUGAUUGUGCAUACUUACUUCUUCUCUGCUGCAAGGAACAUUUUACCCAAGGCAGUUACUCUCCAGGAAUACCCGGCUGUGGCAGUGUUCAAGGAUGGCACUUACUUCCUUUAUGAUGAACAACAUGAUGGGGACCUCGCAUCCUGGAUCAAUAGUGAACGAUUCCUUAAUUACCUCCAGAUUGACAGCUACACUUUGUAUGAAAUGGGAGAUACAAGCAAACUGGUGGCUCUGGCUAUAGUGGAUGAGAGAAACCCUACUGAGGAGAGCAUUCGUUACAAGACCAUGGUGGAAAGAGUGGCCACUGAAUACAAGGACCUCUAUAGCAAAGAAUUCCAGUUUGGUCACAUGGACGGAAACGAGUACAUCAAUGGCCUCAUCAUGGAAGAACUGGCCAUGCCCUCUAUUAUCGUGCUCAACGUGUCUAACGAUGGAUAUUUCCUACCGCCCAACAAAGUGGAGACAAAGGAGCAGCUGGUGAAGUUCAUCGAUGGAGUGUCGAAGGGCCGGAUUAAAUCCCAGGGAGGGAAUGGAUACUAUCAAUGCUUUAUAAGGAUUGCGUUCAACACCAAAACGACUGUUACAAAUAUAUUUACCAAUGCGCCCCUUUUGGGCGCCUUCCUCGUCGUUGUUUUCUGCGGCGGCGGAAGUGCCUUGUGUUACGGCCUAUGCAUGGCCUGGCGCUCAAUGAGAAACACAGAGGACGAGGAACCAAUAACUGGGGAGAGGGUGGAGCCAAAGCAGCUCAAAGGUCCUGGGGAAGACAAGAAGACUGAGAUGAAAGCGAAGAAUCCGGCAGAGAAGAAGGCCGAUUAAGUAUGAAGUAUGACGUUUUUUUUAAAUUGAAAUGCCCUCGUGGCCAUGUCACCCUCAUAAAAUACGUAUUCUGACCUCAAUAGGACUUCCUGGAUAAAUAAAGGUUAAAUAAAAAA